GAUUACCUUUACGAUUUCUUUGUUGAUUUCCAGGGGCUAUAAAACCAAUGACAAAACGUCAAUUUCUGGAGUUUAUGAAGUCUUUGAAGGCCAKUGACUARUCAGAGCUCAAAGAGGAGUUUCGGAUGUUAUCAAAUGCUCAUGCCUUCCCAGUGGAUAUCGCUAAGAAACCCGCCAACAAGAAGAAGAACCGUUAUGCCAACAUUGUUACCUAUGACAAUUCUCGCGUGYUGAUAAGUCGGCAGGCGGAUGACGAGCAUUCAGAUUACAUUAACGCAUCCUAUAUCAAGGGCUAUGAUGGAAGUACCAAGAAAUACAUAGCUACUCAAGGCCCUACACCGCAGACUGUUGCUGAUUUUUGGCAAAUGAUAUGGGAAGUGAACUCAUGUACUAUAGUCAUGCUGACCAAUCUGAAAGAGGGAUCAAAGGCAAAAUGUCAUCAAUACUGGCCAGAAGAUAAAGAAACUCACCGGGAUAUUACUGUCAUAAUUCAAAAGUCAGAGGUUUUCCCUGAUUAUAUCAUACGAACUCUCUUAUUAACAAAGUCAAACACCAAUGAGAGUCUUGAGGUUAACCAUUUCCAGUUCACUGUGUGGCCAGAUCAUGGAGUACCACAAUAUUCUACAGCCGUUUUAGGUUUACGGCGACAAGUAAAUGCUUUGAAUCCAGAUCAUGCUGGUCCUUUGGUGGUUCAUUGCAGCGCUGGUGUUGGUCGGACUGGUGCGUACAUCGUGAUCGACGCCAUGUUGGAACGUGCCAAACACCUCAAAAACGUCGCCAUACCAGACUACGUUGCAUCCAUCAGAAAUGACAGACCAUAUAUGGUGCAGACCGAGGAACAGUAUGUUUUUAUACAUCUYUCUCUAAAUGAAGUCUUCACCUGUGGUAACACAGAAUUCCCAGUUUAUAAUCUACAGAACACAAUGCGAAAACUAUCAAAAACUGCUCCAGAGAGAAACAAUAUAGGAUACGCCUUGGAGUUUGAGGUUUCUUUAUGCUGUUGGUGUUGAUGAGAAUGAUAAUGUUUCUCUUUCUUGUUCUUGUUCUUGUUCUUGUUCUUGUUCUUGUUCUUGUU